AUGGAGUCUUUUGAAGAACCUAGUCGGGUUAGCAGGGCUAACUUAUUAGAAGUUCCCACUGUAAAUGAUUUCUCUUCAGAGGAUGAAGAUGUUAAACCUGACAUUAAACAUCGUUUCUCUCCACUUCCUCGAAGGCGGAAUUCUGCUUCUUCAGAGGAAGAGGAGGCAGAUACCCCCACCACCGUUGCAAGGAAAGUUUCAUUUGCUGAUGCAUUUGGGUUUGAUCUUGUGUCCGUUAAAGAGUUUGAUACCUGGGAAGUUCCAAAUACAGGACAAAACAAUGACAUAGAAGAUGAAGUUUUCCCUCAGGAGGAGUAUUUUUUCUCUCAACUGUUUACGUUACCUGCUUCGCAAGAAGAACUUUUGCAAAAAGUACGAGAGCAGAAAGUGCUGCUGGAGUCAAUCGUGUUCCUGCCUGGCAUUACCUGUAUGAAUGGCAUUAUACGAGUCCUCAAUGUAUCCUUUGAAAAACUGGUGUAUGUUCGAAUGACACUGAAUAACUGGCUCAGUUAUUAUGACAUCCUUGCAGAGUUCAUGCCUAAUUCUUGUGGUAGUGAAACCGAUCAGUUCUGCUUCAAGAUUUCUUUGGUGCCUCCUUACCAGAAAGAUGGAGCUAAGGUGGAGUUCUGUAUACGCUAUGAGACAUCGGUUGGUACCUUCUGGGCAAACAACGAUGACAAAAAUUACACACUGAUUUGUCACAAGAAAGAAACUGUGGCCAAGUUGGAUAAUAAACCACACAAAGAGGUUACUGAUAGACAUCUUAAAGGCUGCUUAAAGACAACACAAAGCAGCAAAGAAGAAAUAUUGGCAACGUCUGACGAUGACACAUGGAAUAAUUCAAGGACCUCAGACACAAACAUCCCAGAGAUUGUUUAUUCACAAGCAGAAGACAAAGACACCAAACCAGCUAAUGAAAAUAUAAAAGAUAAAAAUGCAGAAUACAACCAGGGUGAUCACGAAGAUGAUGAAAAAGAAUUAGAGUUGCUGCUAAAUCAGCACUUCACAGGAGCUAGAGGUACCUCUUCCAGAGAUGAAAGGAAUUUAUACACAACAGAACCAGUUAAUUCUCCAAGUGACACUGAAAGAUUGGAGAAAAAGCUAGCCUGUAUAGAAAGCAGCAGUGACUUGCACCCUAUGCCUAUCAGUUCCUCAUCUGAAAACACUUCACAAGAGAUAGGAGGAGAAUUAAAAGAUAAAGUUAAGUAUUCCUUAAGAGAUUAUAAUAGUCAGCCAUCAGGGACGGAAGUUGCUGCUGGCUUGGUAAACAGUGGUGAGCAGUUUUUGGAACGUACUGGUACCAGUGAAAGCCUUUUAUUGGAAAAAUAUUUUCCUGGGACAAAGCAGAAUGAGUCUAUUGAUAUUACAGCUACUGUCUCAAGUCGACAAGGAGAGAGCCACACAGAUAUUUCAAAAGGUGAAACAGAUAGUGCCUUGGGAAGUAAGAUGAUGGAGAGAUUAUUCAUCAGUGAGGAUGCUGCUGAUACUUUGAAAGGGGCCUGUGAAACGAGACCAGAAACCAUUUCUCCAGAGCAUGAUGAAUCCAUGCAAUUAAAUGCAUGCAUAGCAGGUACGCUGGAUGGCAAUGCUAAUCCAGCUCCGGAGCACCAGGCGCCGCAAACGUCUCACCAAACUCUGGAUUCAUUGUUGUCAGAUGCUGACAAAAGUGAAGGAAAAAUCAAGAUGAUUGAAAGCAAAGUUCAGGUACAUUUAAGAGGAGAUUUAUACGCCGACACUUUUGCACAUGCUGACGUCUCAAUAGAUUCCACGAAAAGCCAAUAUACGCAAAAAAAAGGAGUUGGUGAAAUGUCAGGAAAGAACUAUAACACUGAUGCAGGGAAGGAGAAGAAAGUCAUCGAAGUAGCAGACUUAGCACUAAUCGGCGAGGAGGAAGCACCCAAGCCUUUCAAAUCACAUAGAAAACACACUGCCAAAGCGUUGAACACAACGCCUCCGUCAGCUGAAGACAACAAGCAAGCACCCAGGCCUGCACAGGCAGAUCCUCUAGCAUCCUCUCCAGGGGAUGAAAGAAGAGCUGGAGACACUUGGGAACACAGAGGAUUCACAAGGUUAAAAGACAGAGGAAAGUCAGACAGCACAAAUAAAGGAAGACUGAUAGGAAAGGAAGGCGAAGCAAGCCCCGUGGAGCAGAGGUGGCAAGAAACAGGUAGUGAGGUUCGGUGGGGAGCUAGGGAGAACACAGGACCUCAGAGCACGGCUUCCACAAAGGAGUUGUUUACCUGCCAGGAGGCAGAGAGUUGUGAAAAGUCUUCUGUCUCUGAGCAGGGUAUUACAGAGGAAGCAGAGGCAGGUACAGCUUAUAUAAUUAAAACAGCAUCAGAAAGUGCUCCAGAAAAAAUGUCUGCCAGUGAAAAAGCAGUAAUUGCUAAGCUACCUCAAGAGACUGCAAUAAGUGACAGGCCCACAGAGGAAAAGGAAACAGCGUUUGAUACACAUGAAGGGAGAAAUGAUGGUUCACAUUAUGCUCUUUGUCAACUCAACACAGUGGGUGUAUUAUAUGACACUGAAUUUGAAAAGGAAUCAGUUUUAGGUAUUUAUAAUGCACGUGUACAUGAAACGCUGCAAGAAGAAACGAUGUCUAUAUGCAGUAUCAGGGAAAAGUGUGCCAAAGCACAAUCAGACAUUGGCAAUAUUUUACCUGUAGAAGCAGGAAAGGCUUCUGCUACAGGAAAGGAAGAAGGUUUGAAGCAGGAUUUAUAUCCAGAAGUACCUAAACGUUCCCCAAGCACCCAGAAGCAUCUAUACAGUGAGAAGGCAGCAGAGCUCUGUAGGGAAGAAAGCCGUGUUGGUACACUUUCCUAUUUACAUGCUAAAGCUGAAACAAAAAUGCCACCUUCUGGUACAAAUACUGUGCCCAGUUACCAUUAUAAAAGCUCUUUGGAGGCAUCUUCAGAAGUGUCCACUGUGGCAGGAGGUAUGGGGCAUCUGUAUAGACACUUUGAAUUCGAAGUCAUUGAUAAGGUUGCUGCUGAGUCAGGGUACAAUUUAAGUCUACCGAAUGAAGUGACACGUAUUAAUAAAAGCCUCCCUCCUGAAGCUGAAAAAGUAGGAGUACCUUCCACUUCAGACAUAGCAAUUUCUAGAGAAGGAAGAGAAAGGAAUAUAGGUCAAUGUUUCCAACAAACAGGGUUCAAACAAGAGAAGUCAUCGAUGCCAGAGGGUUUAAUUAGUAAGCCUACCAAAGAAGUUGGAGGGACAGGCUCUCAAUCUCACCAUUUAAUAACUGAGGGGAAAACACUAAACUGGCUUGAUAACUCACAGAAGGAAAGCCAGCACAUUUCUGAUUCUGCAGAUAUUUCUAACCAGAAGAGUGAAGCACUUAAGCUACCUGGUGAGUCUCCAGGUUUGAAACAUAUUGCUUGCAAAAUCUUUUAUUUCUUCUUCUUUCUUUUAUUUGCUGCAACACUCUACCACUAUGAUUUGAUGGUUUGUCUUGCACUCUACCUGUUCUCCUUGUAUUGGCUGUACUGUGAAGGAGGAAGAAACAAGGAGUCUGUCAAGAAGGAAUAA